AUGACGGCUAACAGGGAGCGGCCCGUGGGUCACAUGACUGGAUUUUACCCGUUCGCCUUCAGUCCGAUGCGAGGCCCCGGGCCCUUCGAUCUCCUGGCCAGGAGCCGCUUGUUUGGACGAUACGGCGCAGAUCUGCCUAAAGAGAUGGCGGCGUUGUCGGUGGACACUCGCAGUUCCAGUUCAGAGGAGAUGGUUCCCAGUUCACCGUCCCCUCCGCCCCCACCGCGGGUCUACAAACCCUGCUUCGUGUGCCAGGAUAAAUCAUCCGGGUAUCAUUACGGGGUCAGUUCCUGUGAGGGGUGCAAGGGUUUUUUCCGGCGCAGUAUCCAGAAGAACAUGGUGUACACCUGCCACCGAGAGAAAAACUGCCAGAUCAACAAAAUCAGCCGAAACCGCUGCCAGUACUGCCGCCUGCAGAAGUGCCUGGAGGUCGGGAUGUCGAAGGAAGCGGUGCGGAACGACAGAUUUAAGAAGAAGAAGGACGUGAAGGAGGAACUGGUUCUGGUGGAGAGUUACGAGCUGAGCGGUGAACUGGAGGAACUGGUGAAUAAGGUCAGCAAAGCUCAUCGGGAGACGUUUCCGUCGCUCUGUCAGCUGGGAAAGUACACCACCAACUCGAGUGCCGAUCACAGGGUGCAGCUGGAUUUGGGACUGUGGGAUAAAUUCAGUGAACUCUCCACAAAGUGCAUCAUCAAAAUUGUGGAGUUUGCCAAACGGUUGCCGGGUUUCACGACGCUGACCAUCGCUGACCAGAUCACCCUGCUCAAAUCCGCCUGUCUGGACAUCCUGAUGUUGAGGAUCUGUACCCGUUACACCCCUGAGCAGGACACCAUGACCUUUUCGGACGGUCUGACCCUGAACAGAACUCAGAUGCACAACGCCGGGUUCGGACCUCUGACCGACCUCGUCUUCUCCUUCGCCGAUCAGCUGCUUCCUCUGGAGAUGGACGACACCGAGACGGGGCUCCUGAGUGCCAUCUGCCUCAUCUGUGGAGACCGUAUGGAUUUGGAGGAGCCUCAGAAGGUGGAUCGGCUGCAGGAGCCUUUGCUGGAGGCCCUCAAGAUCUAUGCCAGAAGGCGACGCCCCAAUAAACCUCACAUGUUCCCCCGAAUGUUGAUGAAGGUCACGGACCUGAGAGGAAUCAGCACCAAAGGAGCUGAACGAGCCAUCACGUUGAAGAUGGAGAUCCCGGGGCCCAUGCCUCCUCUCAUCCGCGAGAUGCUGGAGAACCCUGAGGUGUGUGAGGAGGCUCUUCCUCCUCCCGACAUCCAGUCCGUUAAACAAGAGAAGGACGAAGAGUUGGCGCCCGAGGAGGAGGAGGAGGAGGAAGAGGAGGACGAGUUUGGGGAGGAGGAGCGAGAGAGGGGCGGAGACAGCGAGGACGAGGAAGAGAGGGGGAAUACGAGCGGUAUAGCUCAGUGAUGUCGUGGAAACAGAUCCGUUUGGGAUCCGUUAGCCGGCGAUGUCGAUACAAACGCUGACGUCACGUUGGUGCUGGCGCUCGUACAGCCAAUCAGAACCUGAGAUCAAAAAACUCUCCAAUCCAGCACUGAACAUCCAGGGUCUGUGUAAACCUAGUGCUCUCUCUCUACAGAUGCAUUUCCCAUUAUCCUACACUCCCGAGA